UUUUUUAAUACCAUGGAUCAUAAUGAAUAUAUUUCUGACAACAAUUCGUAUACUGACCCUUAUAUUGAUCCUCAAGCGGACUCCUUUAUUGAUUCUGAUAAUGAACUUCAAGAUAAUAAUACUGACUUUUCUA